AUGUCAGCUGAUCAUAAGGGGGAGUUGUCGAAACAAAACAUCGAACAGAGUGUCAGCGACAGCCUUCGGCGAUUGAACAUUCCAAAGAUCAAUACUCUUCAUAUUCAUUUCCCUGAUUCCCAAACGCCCAUUGAAGAGCAGGCCUCAACGCUUGAUGAACUUCACAAGCAGGGAAAGUUUGCUCAGCUUGGAGUGUCAAACUUCACUGCCAGUCAACUCACUGCCUUCAUCGAGGUGUGCGAUAAGUAUGGGUUCGUAAAACCUACAGUCUACCAAGGCGAGUACUCGCUUAUUAGCCGAGGCAUGGAAAAGCAUUUGCUUCCCAUUCUUCGUGAGCAUGGCAUCGUCUUCAACGCUUUCAGGGUCAUUGCUGCGGGAUUUCUCUCUGGAAGCCUUACAUCCGGCUCUACGGAAGGCACGAGAUUCAGUGGCGAUGGCCGGAUUGCCAAGUACAUGUCAGCCUUGUGGGACAAAGAGUCGCUACAUAAUGCCCAGCGGAAGCUGAAUGCCGCUAUCAAAGAUGUUGGAAUCACGUCUAUCGAAGCGGCAUUGCGGUGGGCCUGUUAUCAUUCGGCACUUAGGCAAGGUGACGGCAUCAUCUUGGGGGCCAGCAAGGAAUCUCAAAUUGAGAGUAACAUCAAGGCACUUGCAAACGGCCCACUCCCAGACACCGUUGUUGCUGCUAUCGAGGCCCUUUGGGAAGAUCUCCGAGCCGAAAGAGAAGACAGCUACAUUAACUAG